AGCACCUUACACAAGGGAGCUGCAAGAGUUUAUGAGAAGCCACAGACAGCAGGCCCUGUCACUUGCCAGAAGACCUCAGGGACACGGCAGAGUAUGAUGAGUUACUGCAGCAGCGCACUUUUUGCGAGACUUAUCCCUAAGGAGCCUGUCUGUUUUUUUUUUGUUUUUGUUUUUUUAUGCGGUUUGGGUUUAUUUAACUUUAGUCAGUUCUGUGGAUUCAUAUGCCUUUUUCAUGUUACAGCCUCCUAGGUAAUCUGAACAGGAGUAAUUUAUUUUACCCAGACAGAGACACACAAACACCAACCAUACUGUACACACACAAAUGGCUGCAUAGACUGAAGCAAUAUGAUUCCUAAAUACUCUGAGGUCUCUAGGUGGGGUCCCCUGCAUAUCCCUUCUCUUUUGCACUGUGCCAAUGACGGCACAGUGCACAGUUUUAAAAACACCCCCUAUUGUAGAUCUCUUUUGUUUGGAUAACAUUUUUCUAUUUUUCUCUCUCCUGUAUUAACAGUCAGUUAUUGGAUUUAUUGACAUGCCUACCUUUUCUGUUUGUAUAAAGUAUUAUGUUUGUUUAAAAGCAGAGAGAGAUUUGCAUUUUAAGACCUUUUUAGAGAAGCAAGAAGAAUUGCAGUUGAAAGCGUUUGGCUGGUUUCUUACGUUGUGUCACGUGUGACUGUUUUUUUGACAGCCCAGUAUUUUAAAGCCAGGAUAACAUCGGGCACCGGCUGCUUCAGAAACAUGGCUGGAAGUUGGGGCAAGGUCUUGGCAAAACCAUGCAGGGUAAGGUUUGUUGGAUUCCCUCUGUAUGUCAGUAUGUGUGUGUGGGUGUGUUUUCUUUCUCCCACUCUGAGGUUGACCUCAAUAUAACACCCCUUUUACAGUGUACCGUAGGCUAAUGGCCUCUGUCAGCUUCCUCCUCUUUGCUUCAUAAUCACUAAACCUUUAUUUCAAUCUGCACAAAGAGUAAAGCGCUUCUAUUUGAACAAAGACCAAAAGUCCAUUUUAAAUCAAGGUAGAUUUAGAAAGCCAUGAUUCCAUCACACCCCUUAGAAUCAUCAUCUCCACGAUGUUAGAUUUUUUUUUCUUCUUCUUUGAGUUUCCGUUGCUGCUGUCGGGUAUCUGAUUGGCUGUAAUUACGGCUCAGACUUUGAAUGGCUUGCAGAGUAGCGAGUUUUCCCCCCUCUGCUUGUUUGCCUGUUUCUACCUCCAAACCUGUGAAACGUGUGUGUGUGUGUGUGUGUGUGUGUGUGUGUGUGUGUGUGUGUGUGGUCAUCAUGUGGGAUUGAGAUGUGUAUGUGUCUGUUACUGACCGGGCCAUAGAGUCAACUUACAGGGAAUGUCUCACCACCCUUCUACACCUCGAAUGUCUCUACACCUCGAAUGUCCGUCUGUCCCCAUGGUUAUACGCACCCGUCCUUCCCCCUCUUCGCCCCUCCUGCACAGCAUGAUUGUCCCAGAGGUGCACUCCUGCUUGCCUCAAACUGUCCCACUCACCUGGGGCUUUAAGCAGUGUUGGAGGUAACACACUGAACUACUACUUUUGCAUAAAGAAGUGAAAUGUUACACUCCCGACGGGUGCACAGUUCAAAUUUUGUAUGUCUACUUUGGUAAAACUGCUGCGACAUAGCAAUGCAGACUCCACUCUAAGCACUGCUCAAAGCCUUGCUGGCUCUUUCCUCAGGUAUUUUUUAUGUGUGUCAUGUGUUCACUCGUUCUGGGGUUAAGCACAUCCCAAAACAAGCUUGCUCGCUGAUGGCUGGCGAGGAAAUGAAAAAAUCUCAGGGAGAUUUGCUAACUGGGCUGACAAGCGUCUGCGAGGCAAAAAGCUCAAAGGGGGGAAAUGGUAAUUGUCCCUAGAGGCAUCUAUCAUCUCAGACCAGAUAUUUGACCAUGUUUUUUUUUAAGGCACAAACAUUUCCCUGUAUCAAACACUCCAAAAGUAGAUGUUACUUUUGCUUCACAACUUUAUUUUUUUUUCCUUUACCUGUCGGAGUUAAUAUGCUAUCAGACUCAGCUGUUUUUUUAAUUAUUCCUUCACCUAUUACAGCUCCUUCAAAACUACUUCUGAUGGCCUUUCUAAUUUAUUUUCGGUGAAGGUAAAAAAUUAAGGUUUUUACUGAUGCAGGGGAUACAGGACUUACUUUAUAAGGGGUGGUAGUUUGGUACCUUUGGGACAUAUUCUGGUUGAGAUUGCAAGAUGACACCAGGCUAGUGGCCUGGGGACUUGGACGAGUGUUUGGGAGAGUGGUGAGAGGAAAUCCCUGUAAGCACCUAGCCCUGAGUGAAGGGAUGAUUUGGGGGGGUGGACACACACUGAAGCUCCUCUGGUAAUAAACCCCACUAAACCUCACAACCACACUCCUAACCCCACAAUCCCUUCUCUGUGUGCCUCAAUCUUCCUGCUUAACCAAUUGGUGUUUCUUUUUUACAGCGAUUUGAUCCUGCCCAUGUUGUGCUGAUGGUAAACUUAGUGGACGCAUCGACCCUGUGCCAAUCAUCCUCAAAUAUGAUGUCAUGGGGAUGGGACGGAUGGAGAUGGAGCUGGACUAUGCAGAGGACGCCACAGAGAAGAGAAGAGUGCUCGAAGUGGAGAAGGAGGACACAGAAGAACUGCGGCAAAAAUACAAGGACCAGGUGGAAAAGGAGAAAGCCAUUGCAAAGGCUCUGGAAGACCUGAGAGCCAAUUUCUAUUGUGAGCUAUGUGACAAACAGUACACCAAACACCAGGAAUUUGACAACCACAUUAACUCUUACGACCACGCUCACAAGCAGAGGCUUAAGGAGCUGAAGCAGAGAGAGUUUGCUCGUAAUGUGUCAUCCCGUUCCCGGAAAGGUGGAAAGAAGCAAGAAAAGAUGCUGCGCCGAUUGCAUGAGCUAGCUGAGCAGAGGAAACAACAGGACCGUACUCCAGGAAGUGGGCCCAUGUUCAAAACUACCACAGUGUCUGUGGAUGGAGAGAAGUCGGAUGAUGGCGACGUGACACCUGAAAACACUGCCUUGGCAGACUGUGUCAUGGAAGGAUCUCCGGCAGAUAAAACUGGGGAAGCCUCCCCGAAGCCAGGUCCACUUGUCAGCUUCUCUCUGGGGAAGAACAGCUCCUCAUCCCCAACCCCUAGUGGCGCAUCUAAAGUCAGCGUGUCCUUCUCUUUUGCCAAGAAAGCCCCAGUAAAGCUGGAGACAGCAGCAGCAGUGUUUGCUGAUCAUGGAGAGGAGGCUAUGGAGGAAGAAGAGACCCAGGAGGGAGAGAAGGCUGGAGGGCAAGAGGAGACCUCUGGCAGCAGCACAGACAGCUCUAAGGGAGGUGAAGGAGGAGGUGAAGGAGGAGAAAACGCUAGUUUGGCAACGACGGAAGAGGUGCAGCAGCCUGACGACGGAGCCUCUCUAGCCUCUACUCUCAACAAACUGAAGAUGAUGAUGAAAAAAGAGGAAGGAUAUGCUGGACAAGAGCCUCAGUACUACCACUAUAUACCUCCAGCUCACUGCAGGGUAAAGCCUCACUUCCAGUUUUUGCUGUUUAUGAAGGCCACUGAUCAGUGUCUGGGCAAAGAAGAAGAUGAGGAAGAUGGGCAGGAGGAGAAAGUUGAAGAUAGUUCUGAACAGACAGAGCCUGACGUUGUAGAGUGCAAGACUGAAAAAGGACAAGAUAAUGUCACUUUAUCCCCUGACCCAGAGCCAACUCCUCCAUCGCCUAAAAUGAAGACGGAGGAUGUGUCUUCAUUCGCAGCAGAUACAGCUGCCAUGGUUCCCACCUCCCCUCCACAAAAUGCAGAAAGCACAACAACACAGGACACUCUGGAUUCCAACUUGGGUCCUAAAAUCCCCACAGGUCCCUUCUUUCCAGUUCUGAGCAAAGAUGAGAGCACUACCCUGCAGUGGCCCUCUGAGCUCCUCGAAUUUACAAAAGCUCAGCCUUCCUUGUCUUAUAGCUGUAAUCCCCUCUACUUUGACUUCAAGCUGUCCCGCAACAAAGGCGUGCGUGGUGGGAAAGCAGCAAAGUCCCCUAAGCCUUGUCAAGAGUCUGAUGGCAAGGGGCAAGAGAUGGCGGCAUCAACAGCUGAAGUAGAUAUAACUGCUAAACCCGGGACCAGCACUGACAAAGACAAGCCAAUAAGUAAGGGAGAUGUUGGCCAACCAGAAGGUGAUGAGCAAAAGCUUGCAACUGGCAGUGCCAAGAAAAAAAAGAAAAAGAAGAAGCAUAAGAAGUCUGCAAAGCACUCAAAACGCAAGGGAAAAGACAAGGGAGCAGAAGAAGAUGCAGAGGGCGAGACUGAGGUAACGCAAGAGAAACCCAAAAAGAAGAAAAAACACAAACGGAAGAAGAGCAAAAACAAGGCUCCAGAUCAAGAUGAGGCAGCAGGUGAUGAAAAGGAAAAAGCAAAACCAAAGUCAGAAGAUAAAGCCGUUGCCUCCUCUGUUCAGCUGACAACUGGAGCGGCAGGAGCUACGGGAAAUACAGGAGUUGAACCGGGAAAGAGGAAACGUGCUACUAAGGAAGUACCUUGCAAGUCUGGAGCAGAGGAAGGAGGAGCCGGAAAAGGCACCGACAAGGUCAACUCCUCAGAGGAGCACAGUGGCACCAAGCGACAAAAGACUGACUCCAGUGCACCUCAAAGUGCCUCCUGCUCCACCUCAGCCCAAAAGAGUCCUGGUCCUGGUAGACCGCCCAGCAGCGAGAGUGAAGAAGAAGGGGGCUCUAAUACUCAGCGCUCACGUCAUCACCGGUCAAGUCCUCGGGAACAACGCCGCCACCAUAGUGCAGAAUCGAGGCGGUCCUGCAGCCGUUCUUCAAAACGGGGGGAAAGACGGGGCAGCAGUCGUCGGCGCCAUCGUGGCCAAACCUCUCGUAGUCACUCAUACUCCAGCAGUUCUGAGCGCUCCUCAGCAGGCAGCAGCGCCUAUAGUCACCGUAGCCGCAGCUACUCGGACAGCUACAGCGACUACAGCAAAGAGGGCCACAGACGGAGGCGCUCCAAACGUUCGUCGGACUCAGAGUAUGAGCGUAGGGGAAGCCGAGGACGAAGACAAUCCAGGAGACCUCAGUACACCUCUUCCUCCUCAGAAGACUCCCGCUCGCGUUCACGCAGCUACAGUCGCAGGAAGAGGCACCGGCGGCACCAUCGGAGCAGCUCGAGAAGCUCUAGUAGCUGGAGCCGCAGCACCAGUGCCAGAUCGUGGAGGCGCAGCUACAGCCGUAGCCACAGCUCUGCCAGCCGCUCCUCCAGUUCCACUAAAGUCUCUCCCCGGCGACGAGGCCCCAGGGCUCGAGCUGACAGUGACGCACAGCGCAGAGACUUCAACCGCUCUUGCAUCUACCGCUCCCAGUCUCCACGUUCAUCUUCAUCACGAGGCCUUAACCGCAACACCCAUUCAUCCAGCUCCCAGUCUCUGAGGCUAGGGGGGUCCCGAGAUGCAGGGGAACAGAAAAACACCCUUACAGCACGCCAGCUGCUGGAGAAGGUUCAGUCUAAAAAAAGCUCUGAUGAUUCUGCCACAGGAACAAAAUCUGGGAAUAAGAUUAAGGACCCACCACAGGGAUACUUUGGUCCCAAACUACCCCCGACCCUUGGAAACAAAACCAUGCUGCCGCUUUUUGGUAAGCUGCAAGCAGGGAAGAAACCGAUGAUUCCCCUAACCAGACCCAAUGAGGGUGAGAAAUCAGGGGCAGGCAAGUGCUCUGAGGCAGAGGUUAUCCUGGUAGAGCCUAUACGGGAGUUCCCCCCUCCACCACCACCUCCAGCUCCACCUGUCCAGAAGGUUGAGGAGGCCCCACAGAUCACGGUGGUGCCAGAGGAGACGCAGCAUCCCACUACAGAAUCCCAGGUGCACCAAGAACCCCGGCCGUUGUUUGAACAGGAGUCUUCCAUGAUGAUGCCCCAGUACCAAGGUGAAUCCGGACAGGACCCUUCUCAGAAUCCCAUGAUGGAGUCCCUCAUGCCAGACAUGCAGCAGCCUCCAAUGCAUGCCUACCCUGCUUACCCACCACCCAACCUGGAGGAAGACUGCAUGGAGGGAGAGGAGGAUGGACUGGCUCCUUUAGAGAGUCAGCCCAUUACGUUCACACCAGAGGAGAUGGAGAAGUACAGCAAGCUGCAACAGGCUGCACAGCAGCACAUCCAGCAGCAGCUUUUGGCCAAGCAGGUCAAGACAUUUCCAUCAGCUGCGGCAGCUGCAGCCGCUGCUGCUGCAGCUGCCAACAUGGCCCCGGCUCCCCCUCCCCCAACCCUGCAACAGAUCCACAUCCAGCAGCCCACUGUGUCGAUGGCUUCCAUGGCCUCCGGCACAUCAAUCACCACAGUGCAACACGCCAUCCUGCAGCACCAUGCUGCCACGGCUGCAGCCAUGGGCAUUCACCCAGCACAUGCCCACCACCCACACCAUGCACAUGCCCAGUUGGCCCAGGUACACCACAUUCCCCAGCACCACUUUACCCCCAUCUCCCUGUCUCAUUUGGGCCACUCCCUUGGCCAUUCUCUGGGCCACUCACUAGGACAUGCUGGGCUGAUUCCUGCCCACCAUACAGCCUUCCUCUCCGGUCAGCCCAUACAUAUUAUCCCAGCUUCUGCACUUCACCACACCCCCUUAGCUCUCCACCAUGUACCACACGCCCUCUACCCCACACUUUUCACACCCCGGCCCUCACAAGCUGCUGCAGCGGCAGCUCUCCAACUCCACCCACUGCUACACCCAAUCUUCUCAGGGCAGGACCUCCAGCACCCACCUAACCAUGGCUCUUGAAGGAGUAUAGUCACAGCACCCAACCACUGAGAAAAGACUUAACCGGCUUGGUUCAGGGUUUUAAGAUGAAGUCUUUGCAGCAACAUGCAGGCAGCGAGACAGGAAGCUGUCAAUAAACUACUUCCUCCUUUUACUGGCCAACACAGUGCAGAAGGUGUAGCCACAAAGUGGUGCUGCCUGUGUUGGGUAUAAAAUUAACAUUAAUAUUUUCUUCUGGCUCAUGCAAGUUCUUUUUUCAUGUUUUGCCCUGAAUUUUAUAAAACGGGAUGUAGAUUUAAAGCAACAUUCUCAAGACAUUGGUUUAUAUUCCAGUUUGAGGUAUAUUAACACCACACAUUUUGUUUUUGAAUCAAGUCGGAGAAACCACUGGAGUUUUUUUUUUUUCUUCUCAGUUUUUGCUCAUGUUGGCAGCCAAAGAGCGGCGUAAUGACUGAAGCUAUAAACUGAAUCAUGUUAGGAGGAGUAUGUGGUAGGCAAACUGCUUCGACUCUGUAAUGUAACCUUCAGAGACAGACUACUUCAUAUUUACUGAUAUUGUUUAUGUUCUUAUUUGACUACUUGCUCUCUAUUGGAUCCUUGCUCUCAAAUAAUUUGUAAUGCAGUAACUUGUACAUAUAUCAGUGUGUAAUGUGAAGCAUCUCAUCAAUGAUGACGAUAUGAAAUUACAGCUAUGGUGUCCAAAUUGGUAUAUCGUCACAUAAGUGAGGGGAAAUGUGAUGGAGAAGUUUUAACAUCCCUGAUGCUCCGAGGCAAAGCUCAUGGUCCCUGUGGUGAGGGUGCACCAGAAUAAAUUGCACUGAAAAUCUGUACAUCAAGAUGGUGCGUUUGCAUCAUGUAACAAUAAGAUUGUAGUAUACUGCAAUAAAUGUAUUUUUCUGUUUUUAAGUUAUUUUCCAAAAAUGCUCUUCAAAAGAAGGGCUGUGUUUUGCUUUUGUGUAAUUUUGUAAAUAAACCUGCUGUAGAUUAACCUAUUAACAUUCUAGAGGUUUGGUAUUGGAAUAAGCAGAAUGAGAAGAUUGAUGGAAGAUGGUCACAUGUGUUUUUAUUACAUUUGUUUCUAAAUCAGCUGGGUUAAGAUGGGCUGGGGUGGUAAAUGACUGAUUUGUUUUACAGUAGCAACUCUGUAUUUUUUAAAAACUUACUGUUUUAGCAAAUAAAAUCUUGAGUUCA